CCAAUCAGUUGACGAAGCUCUAGUUUCUCUUCAACGAGAAAGAGCUCUCUCUCUCUCUCUCUCUCUCUCUCUCCUAUUCAUGACUUUUCCAGUCUCGGAAUUCAAUUCCGCACAUCUAUUUAGAACUCCGAGAAAGUAAGAGAGAAAGUGAUUUCCCUUUUCCCUAAUAUUCAAACUCGUGUUCAGUUUUCCUUUUGACUAUAUAAUAACCCAACCCAUCUCUGAUUUGCAUGAUUCCUUAAUUUUCCCGGAAAAUCUCAUGGCGGUAGAGUUCUACUCUGAAAAUUCUGGCCUCGUUAUGAGUCCUAGAAUCUCAUUCUCUUACGAUCUCUCUCGCUCAGACGUCGUGCCGGUCGAGCAACACGUUUUUCGAUCGAAUUCCGGGAUUGAUUUCGAUUUCUGCAUUCGCGAGAGCUACGAUCUUCAAGAAUCUUCCUCGGCAGACGAGCUUUUCUCCGACGGAAAGAUCGUUCCUACGAAUCAAAUCAAGAAGAAGAUCGUUGCUCGAAAACAAAUUCAACAAGAAGAAAUUCACAAAAGUUCAAACGAUGAGAGACGGAAGGAGGAAAAACAGAGCUCUAGCUCGAACUCGAAGUCGUUUUGGCGAUUCAAGCGGAGUAGUAGUUUGAAUUGCGGCGGUUCUGGUUAUGCGCGAAGCUUGUGUCCUCUACCUCUUCUUUCGCGAAGCAAUUCAACUGGUUCGGCGACGAGUGUGAAGAGAUCGUCGUCUCAGAAACAGAACUCGCAGAAAACUCCUUGUGUUGCAGCAUCGAAGCUAUCGCAGUCUUCGUCUUCGAGUGGUGGUUAUCAGAGGCCUCCAUUGAAGAAGAGUUAUGGAGCUUAUGGCAAUGGAGUUCGAAUCAAUCCAGUGUUGAAUGUUCCUUCUGGUAAUCUUUUUGGUUUUGGUUCAAAGUUGUUCAAUGGUAAGGAUAAGAACAAGAAAAAAUGAUGAUUAAACACUGGGAAAUCGAUUUAAAUCGCUUCUUUGAUGAUUUUUGUGGAUAUUGGGUUUUUGUUUUCUUUAUUUUUGAUUUUAUGUUUUCUAAAAUAAAAUAAGAAAAAGCUCAAAAACACCUAUAGUUUGAAAUUAAUUUUUGAAAAUUUAAAAAUAUUUUAUUUUUUUGUGCGUGUGUGUGUGUGUGUGUUUUUUUGGUUUGUUGAAGGAAUCUUAUUCAUUAAAUUAACUAGAGGAUUCAAAAUGUGAUUGUCGGCCAACUCGUCUUUACAUCAUUUAUUUCAGAGGACUCGUCAAAUAAAUUAUUUAUAUAAAAAAUUAAAUUAAUUAAAUAUUAAUAAUCAUAAGACUAAAAUACAUUUAUUUAAAAAAAAUAAAUAACAAGCAUGAUUUUACAAAUGCAUUAUUUAUUUUUUUAACUUAAGUAUAUUUUAGUUAAGUGGCUACUUAUAUUUAAUUUUUUAUAUAAAUAAUUUACUCCUAUAAAAUGAUUAAUUUAAAUGGUCAAUCGAAGCUAAGGUGGGCCCAUAGUCCUCUUAAGUAGACGUUCUGAUCCAUUUAAUGGACAAGUGGGAAGCUUUUAUCUUUAGAGUAUUGUUUUAAAAAUAAAUAAAUUAGUUUGUCAAACAAGUUUAUUGUAUUUUUUUAAGAAUAAAAUAAAAAAUAGAAAAUGAAAACACAACUUAAAGAGAUUUUAAUUUAUGAUUAGCCAUGUGAGUAGGUUAAAUAACUGUAGUUGGAAUUGAU